AUGUUUGUAACACGCGAUGGCCAUCCAGUAAUUUUCCACGAUAUCUUCAUUUUUACACAACAAGAGGGGAAGUUGAUUGAGAAAAGAGUUACAGACCUCACUCUGGAGGAGUUCCUUUCAUAUGGACCUCAGAAUGGCUCAACAAAUGUGGAAAAACCAUUAUUCAGGAAAAUGAAAGAUGGGAGAAUUUUCGAAUGGAAGGUCGAAGAGGAUGAUCGGUUAUGUACUUUGCAAGAUGUGUUUGAGAAUGUCAGUCAGUCUGUAGGAUUCAACAUUGAGUUUAAAUUUGAUGACAAGAGAAAUUAUAAAGACGAAGAACUUGUUCGUGUUAUUCGAGCAGUUUUACAGGUAGUGUUCAAGUAUGCCAAAGGUAGGCGCAUCAUGUUCUCGAGCUUUCAACCAGACGUGGCUCAAUUGAUCAGGAAGGAGCAGACCGCCUAUCGGGUUUUCUUCCUAACAAACGGAGGAUCUGAAAUUUAUCCCGACAUCAGAAGGAACUCGUUAGACGAGGCGAUUAAAUUGUGCUUAGAAGGCGGUCUACAAGGCAUCGUCUCAGAGGUGAAAGCCAUUUUGAGAAAUCCAAGAAUGAUAGCAAAAAUCAAAGAAUCCAAUCUUUCCCUUAUGACUUAUGGCCAACUAAACAACGAGAAGGAAGUGGUUUACUUGCAAUACAUGAUGGGUGUUGAUGGAGUGAUUGUAGAUUUCGUCGAAGAGAUUACUUCAGCUGUUGCCCAGUUUUCGAAACAAGUUCAUCAUGAUGGAAAAGAACACUUGUUAUUGUUGGAAAAGAGGUUGUUAUCGGAGCAACGAAUAACUCCCUGCUCGGAGGAUGAGAUCUCAUAUUUUCGAAGGCUCGUGCCAGAGUUGAUACAUUCGUGAAUUUGUAUAAUCGCGAAUGUACGAUUGUAUGGUCUUUUUUGGUCUUGUUUUGGUAUGUAUUAUAGUAUAUUGUAUGUUUUCAUGUAUUAGGUUUGUGUAAUAAAAUUUUGUAUAGGGACAUGUAUCAUGGAAAGUAUAUUUAACAAUCAAAUGUACAGAGGGGAUUAAUGAGGUUUGUAUAAGUUUUUACAUCUAAGCAAUCUACAUUUACAUAAAUAUGUA